AUGGAGAGGCUGCAGAAGGCUCAAGCAGAGCUGCUGGAGACAGUGAAGGAGCUGGACAAGGCCAAGAAGCAGUUCACUCACCUGCAGCACAGCAGUGAGGUGGCCAAGGACAAGGCAGCUGACGUGGAGGCUCGGCUGAAGAAGAGUGACAGGAGGAUAUUCCACACCAAGGCCAGCCUGCAGAAGCUCAGUGCCAAGUUCUCAGCACGGCUGGCAGAGCACUCGAGGCAGCUGGCAGGGGUGCAGAACGAGUAUGGCUUCGCCCUGGCCUCUGCCACUGCCCACCUGCAGCAUUACCAGCGGGUGGAGCUGCCAGCAGCCAUGCAGGCUCUGGAUGGUGACCUGUACGAGCGGCUGCGGGAGCACUUGUCCAUGGCCAGCAGGACAGAGGUGGACACCUGCAGGGCCACCAGGGACUGGUUCCAGGGCGUAGCAGAGGCCUCAGCGAGGGUAUCCCGGGACCAGGACCUCCUCCUCUUCCUGCAGGACCACCCCAGCUUUGCCCUGGCCCCCCACCAGCAGUUGCAGCUCACCAAGAUGGAGGAGGUGUCCCUGAUGCCACCAGGAGACGAUGGGUCCAGCCUGGAGAAGGAGGCUCGGCGCUGGGCCACACGGGUGGCCAGGGACCGCAAGAACAAGCAGCACAGCGAGGAGGUGCUGCAGAGGCUGGAGGCCAGGAGGCAGCAAGUCCCGGAGGCGGAGGCGGCGGCAGCGGAGAGGCGAAUGGAGGAAGCCAGGGAGAGCAUCCGGAAGGCAGAGGUCAGCCGGGUGAAGGCGGAGGCACGGCUGGCACUGCUGCGGGCAGCAGGGCUGGAUGUGGACUCUUGGCUGGCAGGGGCCAUGGUGGGGGCAGGCGAGGAGGUGCCGCCAGGGCUGGACCCGGCUGAGUUCAGUGACUCAGAGGACAGCGAUGAGCCGUCCGGGGAGGAGGAGCUCGGCCCCACCGCCCGCCCCUACCCCUACACCUGCAGGGUCAUCUUUGGCUACCAGGGCUGCCAGGCAGACGAGCUGUCCAUCAGCCAGGGCGAGGAGCUGGAGGUGCUGGAGGAUGGGGACGCCGAGGAGUGGGUGAAGGCUCGGAACAAGGCAGGCCAGGUUGGCUACGUCCCCGAGAAGUACCUCCUGUCCCUGGGAGGGGAGGCAGGGGCUGGGGCUGGCCCCCCAGGACCCUCUGCCCUGCACCGUCAGCUUUCCAGCAUCAUGGCAGCAGAGCUGGUGCUGGAGCCCGGAGCCUGGCUGGUGCGGGCCCUGUACGACUACGAGGGGCAGAGCCCCGAGGAGCUGAGCUUCCCCGAGGGAGCCAUCAUCAGGGUGCUGCCCAGGGCCCCUGCAGAGGUGGACGAUGGCUUCUGGACCGGGGACUUCGAUGGCCGCAUUGGGGUCUUCCCCUCCUUGGUGGUGGAGGAGCUGACUGGGGGCCAAGGAGCAGCUGGGCAGGAGCUGCCCUCGCCCUCCCCACCGCCCUUCUCCCCUCCCAGCCUCCUGCCCGAGGCCGGCCUGGACCAGUGCCCCACUCCUGAAGCACCCCUGGGAGGUGAGUGCCAGGGCUUAGGGGAGUGGGGAGAGGGAGGGGGGACUCUCCCAGGUUGCCGCCAGGAUGGCACAGGCAGCGGGCACAGCUCUCCAGACCUGGCAGCCAGCCGCCUCCGGCCGCUCCGUGCCCCUCCUCCACCGCCUGGCAGAGCCCUGGAGCCUGACCCUGAGCUGCACUUCAGCUGA